UGCACCAUCCAUGACCCUCUCCCAAUAAUGCAUAAGUAUCACCAGUUGGGGGAUUUUAUCAUCGGUGGCAUUCUUUCCCAAAUCUACAUCUCUUCUGAUGCAUUAGCAUUCCAUCACGAUCCUUCCCAGGUUGAAACUGGUGAGCACAUCUAUUUCAGUGCAAGCAGGACUUAUCAGGCCUCCAUGGAACUCCUCUCUGCACGGGGCAGAUUCAUCCCCAACUACAAGUGUAGCUUCGUCAACAAUCCAGUAGUAGCCAUCGGGGGACCAAAGGCUAGCUUUUGUUAUCACAUGGCAACCAUUCUGAGCACCUACAAGAUUCCACAGGUAACAUACGCUUCUACUCCAAUGAAGAAUGACCAAAGCCAACCUGCUUCCUUUCACCACAUGUUCCCAAAUGGGGCCCAUCAAUAUAUGGGGAUUCUCCAAUUACUGCUGCAUUUCAGUUGGACAUGGAUUGGGGUGAUGUAUACAGAGGAGCACUAUGGGGAAAUGUUUGUCAAUGAUGCGCUUCCCAUGUUUUCCAAGAGACACAUCUGCUUUGAUUUCAUAGAAAAAUUCCCCCCCGUAACUUUUUCCACUGCGCUUGAAGAUAUGUUAUCAGAAGGGAAGGAAUUGUUUAGUUUUACCAUGAGAAGCUCAGCCAAUGUACUAAUUGUCUGCACUGAAAGUGAAACCAUGGCAGUUAUGAGAACAUUGCUGCACUUCGUGGCAUUUGACGAUGUACCCGUGAAGACAAAAGUCUGGAUUAUGACUGCUGAGAUGGAGUUCACAUCAUUUGCGUUUCAAAGAGAGUUGAGCAUACAGUACAUCCAUGGGGCAAUCUCCCUCUCAGUUCCUUCCAAGAAGUCACUUGGAUUUGAGAAAUUUAUUCAGCUGAGAAAUCCUAUAGUGGAAAAUGAAGAUGGCUUCAUAAAAAACUUCUGGGAGGACAUGUUUGCCUGCUCUUUGUCCAAACCCAUGGAGGAGGAGAAUGUGGAGCCAAUGUGCACUGGGAGGGAGAAACUGGAGAAUCUUCCCAAGACCGUUUUUGAAAUGAGCAUGACUGGCCACAGCAGCAGUGUGUAUGAUGCUGUCUAUGCUGUAGCCUAUGCCUUACAUGCCAUGCAUUUACAAAGAUCCAAGCAAUCGGUAAUGGGCAAUAAAGGAAGGCAGAAGCUUCUGAAUCAACAGCCAUUUCUGCUACACCUCUUUCUGAGAGGCGUCUCGUUCAAUAGCAGCGCUGGGACAAAGGUUGCCUUCAACCAAAACGGAGAGCUUGAAACUGGAUUUGAUAUUAUAAAUUGGGUCACAUUUCCAAACCAGUCCUUCCACAGAGUCAAAGUUGGGAAGGUAGACCCUGGGGCUCCCUCACACAAAGUGCUCACUGUCCACGAAGAGGCCAUCAUGUGGCCCAGCAGGUUCAACCAGACGCUGCCCCUUUCCCUGUGUAAUGAGCCAUGCCUGUCGGGUCAGAGUAAGAUAAAGAAAGAAGGGAAACCAUUUUGCUGCUACGGUUGUAUUCCAUGUCCACAAGGGAAGAUUACAACCCAGAUAGACAUGGAUGACUGUUUCCAGUGCCCCGAAGAUCAUUAUCCUAACAGACACCAAGAUUCAUGCCUUCCCAAAGACGUCAGCUACCUGUCAUAUGAAGAGCCUUUAGGGAGUAGUUUGGCUACUUUGGCUCUUUCCCUUUCUUUCAUCACAGCUUGGGUCUUGGGAAUUUUUGUGAAGCACCAGAACACGCCUAUUGUGAAGGCCAACAACCGCAGCCUCUCCUACAUUCUCCUCGUCUCUCUCUUCCUGUGCUUCCUUUGUGCUUUGCUCUUCAUUGGAAGACCUGAGAAAGGGACCUGCCUCAUCCGUCAAGCUGCGUUUGGCUGCAUUUUCUCAGUGGCUGUUUCUUGUGUGUUGGCCAAAACCAUCACUGUGAUUCUAGCCUUCAUGGCUACCAAGCCAGGGUCCAGGAUGAGGAAAUGGGUCGGGGGAAGACUGGCUUGGUCAAUAGUAGUCUCCUGCUCCCUCUUUCAAGCCACUCUUUGUUCUGUGUGGCUUGCAACCUUUCCUCCCUUCCCCCAUGUUGAUUUGCACUCAGAUACUAGAGAAGUCAUUGUGGAAUGUAACGAAGGGUCAGUGGCCAUGUUCUACUUUGUCCUGGGCUUUCUGGGAUUGCUGGCAGCUGUGAGCUUCACUGUGGCCUUCCUAGCCAGGAAGUUACCAGAUAGUUUCCAUGAAACCAAAUCCAUCACCUUCAGCAUGCUGGUCUUCUGCAGUGUGUGGAUGACCUUUGUCCCAACCUAUUGUAGCACCAAGGGGAAAUAUAUGGUGGCUGUGGAAGUCUUCUCCAUCUUGGCCUCCAGUGCUGGUUUACUGGGAUGUAUCUUCUUCCCCAAAUGCUACAUCAUUAUCUUGAGACCUUAUCUGAAUGUAAAGGAACAACUUAUAAAGAGAAAAGGGUGA